AUGGACUUCCUCACGUCCCCUUCUCCCCCUCCCCACUUCCACUGUGACUACAGCGACUGGUCUCCCUCCUUCUCUAUCAUCCCGUCCGUCUACUUGCUGGCCUUCCUGGUUGGUUGCCUGGGCAACAGUCUGGUGCUCUGGGCCUACCUGGACCGAGCUGAUGGGAGGAGAACCAGGACUGGAGACGGAAUUGGAACAAGAGUGACAGCGAGACUGAGAAUGUUCUGCUGCAGUAAAAUUUUCCGAGCCAGUCGGGAGAACGUUGACGCUAGCAGAGUUCUCCAUGGGACGCUCUUUGAAAAGAACAAGGCCAGAUGCCCGAGUGCCACCAGGCAAAGCUACAGACCCUCCUCUCAGUCCUCCCACUCCUCCUCCUCUCCUUCUUCCAUCCCUCGCUCCUCUCGCUCACUCACGGACUCGCUCAUUGCUAGCUUAGCAUUAGCCGACCUGUGCUUCCUGGUGACCCUCCCUCUGUGGGCCGUCUACACGGCAAUGGGCUACCACUGGCCAUUUGGACAGCCGCUCUGUCAAAUCAGCAGCUUCCUCACCGCACUCAACAUGUACGCCAGCGUCUUCAGCCUGAGCAUGCUCAGUGUGGAGCGAUACUGGGUUCUAAUUGGACGGCGGCACUCAGGCCACCACGCCCAACAUGGCUGCCGCAGCAGGGCAGUGUGGAUAGUGGGCGGAGUGUGGGCACUGGCGGGUGUUCUGGCACUUCCUGGUUUGCUCCUGCGCUCCGUCAGGGAGGUCGAGCUGGAUUUAGGCCCUGAGGACGACUGGCAGAGAGAGACGACACAGACGCCCGAUUCCAGAGCUGUCCUCCUCUCCUGCCAGAUGGAUUACUCCAUUCUGAUUGAACCAGAACUGGACGAGGAACGGCGAGAACGGGCAGAGCUUUGGUGGACAGCGGCCUUGAGCCUGAAGUCAACACUGAUUGGCUUCCUGUUUCCUCUCAUCAUUCUGUUGGUGUGCUACUGCUCGCUGGCUCACCUCCUCAGCAGACAUUUUGGACGCGGGCCCCGUCCUGACCGCAGACGCCAGCGCAGGCUUCUCAGGGUCAUAGUUACUUUAGUGAUGGCGUUCUUCCUGUGUUGGCUGCCUUUGCAUGUUAAUAAAACUUUGUCCAUGUUGCUGGAGCUCGGUCUGCUUCCAUAUUCCUGUUCCUUUGAUCAGGUCUUACUUGCUGCUCACCCAUAUGUCACCUGUUUAGCUUACCUCAACUCCUGCCUCAACCCGCUUCUAUAUGCUGCCUGUGACUCCUCCUUCAGGAAGAGAUGCAGAGGAGCGCUGCUUGUGUUGUGCAAGAGGACUAGGAGAGGAGCAGAGGGGGCAGAGGGAGAGAAGGAGGGAGGAGAAGAGGAGAAGGAGGAGAGGAGCUCAGCUUUUCCGACAAAAACACAGGAGGAAACAGCAGAUAGGACAGAGGAGGGAGAGGAGGAGAAAAUGGAGGAGGUGAACAGCAGGAUGGCCUAG